GCUGAGGCGGUGCUAUAGUUGACUUGACAGUUGAAGCGACGGAAUUCUGUCUGAAGGAAUAAGGAACAACCAGGAAGUGAGACACAGCAGGAAACAAAUUGACUGGGAGGACAUUCAAACUUUCUCGUCCUCAAAAGACUUUUAAACCCAAGAUUUUAAUCUUCAGCGUCCGCUGGAAAGUGAGUGGACCUGUGCUCAGAGGACUUCGUCUGCAACAACAUGGACAUUGAUGCGGAGCGGGUAGGAGUGGAGGUAGAACCAGAGCCUCAGGACAAGGUGCAGACAUUGAAGGAUCAGGUCGAUGGGGUGAAAAACAUCAUGACGCAGAACGUGGACCGGAUCCUGGCCCGAGGAGAGAGACUGGACGACCUCAUGGGAAAGUCAGAGGACCUGCAGGCAGGGGCUCAGCACUUCAAACAGACCUCUCAUAAAGUGGCUCGCUCCUACUGGUGGAAGAACGUCAAGAUGGUCGUGGUCAUCGUGGUGGUCGUCCUCAUCAUCGUCCUCAUCAUCAUCCUGCUGGCCACUGGAGUCAUCCCCAUUGGUACUCCAGUGCCUCCUGUGGUCAAUCCCACCGAAAAGCCAAAAUAAAUACAUGUUCAUGCCUAAACAAUGAAUCUAAAUCCUAAACGACAACAUCCCUACUGUACAGUAUACAAAGAGAUAUAUAGAUAUCACUGUUGUCUGGUGAAACCUUUACUUCUUCUUAGUUUGUUUCUACUGGUAACUUUCAUGAUAAUAUUGGAUUUCAAGGACUUCAUUGGUUUAAGGCACUUUAAUGACACAAACAAAUGUCCAACCCAAUACCAGCCAUUGAACUUGUGUGAAAUCUCUAUAAGGUCUGGGGGCGUUCACUUGACACCAGAAAAAAAAAACACUUGUCACUGUUCUUAAAAGACGUUUCAUAGCGUCGCUGUCACUGUCUCACCACCAGCAGUUAUUUCCUCCUGGCAAAGAAGAAGUCACUUUAAUAUGUGUGGAUGGAAAUAACCAAUCAUUCUGUUUGUCACCUAAAUGCACUACAUAGGACAGUUAGUUAGUUGUAUAGUUCAAAAGAGGAGAAAUGCAGUGUAUAGACGACAUUUUUAAAAUUGGAGGAAUCUGUAACAAUUUUAGGUCAUGACUUAUUUAAUGGAAUGUUGGAUAUUUAUGUAAGUACAUUCCUUUAAAAUGCUUCCAGCUUCUUUGUAUUCAGGCCUAUAGAGAAUUAUUUAAUGUAAAGCCUGCUUUGGUUCUUGAGCUACUUAACUGGUGUUUGCGAUGUUUCUGCUCUGUCGAUAGUUUUGCAGUCAAAGUUACGAAACUGUCUUCAUGCACAAAAGCGACAGCUAUAGUGGGUUAAACUUCACAUAAGGGUGUCCGUUAAGGUUCUAAAUACCAGCAGUGACUACGACACAGAGUCUGUAGAGUCUGUAUCAAAGUGAAGAGAAGACCUACAGGUGAAAAGCAGCACUCCAUUAGCAUUUAUGUUUGAGUGGUCCUUUAGAAGGGAUUUAUCCACGUAGGCUGUGCAGAAUCAUCAGUCUUUUCAAACUGAUCGUUCUUUCCUUCACUGUGUCUUAACUCUAGAAAUAUAGUACUUGAACUGAGGCAUUAGUUAGUUGAAAAGAAAAAAAACGAAAACAUCUGUUGUGUUGUCAGUGGAUCAGGCUCCUCCAGCCAGCCAGCCUUUCAGCUAGACAAUUUACAGCACCUCCAUGGCGCCCCCUGUUGGGUCCAUGACAAUUAAACAGGCCCUCAGUCAAAGCAUCUUAAAAUUAGAAAAUUAUAUUUCAACACCUUCUGUGCAUUUUUCAGAAAACAAGUUAGGCACAUCUGUUUCUCACCGCUCAUCCUGCUCUGCUGUUACAGAAACAGUUUACUUUCAAAGAAGUCCAAGUGAUGCCCAUUAUGAGCUGUAUAUAGUCAUAAAUAUCUUUGUAUAUGAAAGUAUCUGUUCCUUAGAGGCUAUUUAUUAAAAGCAUUGUCACUCAUGUUCAUUUUUUUUAAAUCAAAAUGGAAGCUGUAUGUGAUUAUUGGAUUAACAAUUACUCCAGAUUGAUUAAUUAUAAAAGUAGCACAGUUCAGUUUCUCUGCUGUUGGAUCAUUUUCUAGAUGUAGUUAUGAAAAGGAGGCUCUCUUGGAACAAAUUUCUCAAUGUGUGCCUUUUCUUUCUUUGCCUUUUUUAACAGUGCCUCCAAGGUGCAGUAACCUACAUCUCAUUACCUUUUUAGCUCAUACUGCUCUGAUCAAUGCAUUGUCAUGUGUCUGUUCAUUCAAGCUUCACUUGCAGCAGGUCUUUUACUGUGGAAGGUUUUUUUACAAUGUCAUUAAAUGAGGGUCUUAUACUGGGGGCCCAUGGCAUUACAUGAUUUUAAUGGUCUGAAAUUAAAUAAAUGAUAUUUUCUCUGGC